AUGUUGGGGAUCAAUGGAGCAGUAGACUUUGUAAAAGCAUGUGUUGGGCUUUUUACAGCGAGGCUUGAGCUACCACUAGAGCCGACAGAAAUUACCCGCGCCAUCAAGGCAUUCAAACAGAUGAAUGCAGUGUUGAAGAACCUGCCAACAAAAACUGGAAAGAAGAAACGUCGAGGCUCAGGAACUGGCCGUCCCCAGGAAGAAGACAAAUGCCCCCACAGAGAUGGUGGUGGUGCAGCAUUUGACAAUGGCGAACAGGAUCACAAAACCGAUGUCGCGUGCAGAGAAUAUCGCUCGAGGUCUGGAGGAUACUCGGAUGGCGAGGAGGACCUCACGUUUGGAUGGGAAAAUGAGUCCAGCUCCUCCCUUGAGAUGUUGUGUGUCGGUACCACCAUCCAACUACUACGACCAAUCGCAGAAGCCUUGAAUGAUAUCAAAGUGAAGCCAGGACAGGUAGUGCUUGUCAGAGAUUGUGAUGAAGUCCUCGCAGUGGCUAAGCUGACGAACACACGGGAGGUCAGAAUCUUGAGAGAACUGCAGAUGUACAGCGGCGUAGCCAGGAUUAUUGCAGAAAAGAAGCUACAAGGUCGACAUCUCUUGGUCACUUAG